AUGUAUUUUUCCGUCUUAGGGGGCCGGAUUGGUCAGCAGGCUACUAUGAUCAUGUAUGCCGUCACAUUAGGAGUACUUGGUUUUAUUCUGUACAAGGCUAGUUCGAUGGUCCCUGUCCGGGCGAUUCCACCUCCACAAAAUGUUCGAGUGGUCAGAAGACAGUCACGGUCGCCUAAACCACCACCACCACAACCAUCGACAGGGGAUGAUGAGGACACGGAAUGA